CACGUGGGCAGCGACGCGGGGCCUCCCCGCGGGGUCCCCGACCCCCGACGCGGCGCAAGGCCCCCAGCGGGCGGGCGGGCGGGCGCGCCUUCCCGGAGCGCGGGGCGCGGACCGAAGUUGGGCGAGUGCACGGAGCGGCAGCGGGCCGGGGGCGGCAGGUGCCGCGGGCGGACUCGCCAGCCAGCGCUGCGGCCCCGCGCCCCCGUUCCUGCCCCGGCCCGCUGCCCGAGCCCUGGGACUUCCGGGGCCCGGCGGCGUUUCGGGAGCUCCUCCAAGAGCAGCCUCCGGGCGGGGAGCGCGCGGCGCGGUGGCCGGGCGGGGGGUGGCCGGGUUCCCGCAGGGGCGGCGGGCGGGGUGGGGUGAGGCGGGCCGGCCCCCUCCCCUCCCGCCCGCCCUCCCUUCCUCCCGUCCUGCAGCCAAUUAGACAGCCCCCUCGGCGGGAGGCGUGGGGGCGCUCCAUAAAGCGGCGCGGAGCUGUCACCCCGCGAGUAGGCUGCGCACCGCCCAGGCCGGAGCAGGCGCCGAAGACUCGGGCGCUUCGGACCCGGGAGCGUGGAGGAGCCAUGGCCACCACCAACGGGGCCGUGGAGAACGGGCAGCCGGACAGGAAGUCAACCGCCCUGCCGCGCCCCGUCCGCAACCUGGAGGUCAAGUUCACCAAGAUAUUCAUCAACAAUGAAUGGAACGAAUCCAAGAGUGGAAAAAAGUUUGCCACAUAUAACCCUUCAACUCUAGAGAAAAUAUGUGAAGUGGAAGAAGGAGAUAAGCUCGACGUAGACAAGGCCGUGGAGGCUGCACAAGCCGCCUUCCAGAGGGGCUCGCCGUGGCGCCGGCUGGAUGCCCUGAGCCGCGGCCGGCUGCUGCACCAACUGGCGGAUCUCGUGGAGAGGGACCGCGCCGUCCUGGCCACCCUGGAAACGAUGGACACAGGGAAGCCAUUCCUUCACGCCUUUUUCAUCGACCUGGAGGGCUGUAUCAAAACCCUUCGAUACUUUGCAGGGUGGGCAGACAAAAUACAGGGCAGGACCAUCCCCACAGAUGACAACGUUGUGUGUUUCACCAGGCACGAGCCCAUAGGUGUGUGUGGGGCCAUCACUCCUUGGAACUUCCCUCUGCUGAUGCUGGUGUGGAAGCUGGCACCCGCUCUCUGCUGUGGGAACACUGUGGUCGUGAAGCCAGCGGAGCAGACUCCCCUCACCGCCCUCUAUCUCGGCUCUUUGAUCAAAGAGGUGGGAUUCCCUCAGGGCGUGGUGAACAUCGUGCCAGGAUUUGGGCCCACAGUGGGAGCAGCAAUUUCUUCUCACCCUCAGAUCAACAAGAUAGCCUUCACUGGGUCCACAGAGGUUGGAAAGCUGGUUAAAGAAGCCGCCUCCCAUAGCAACCUGAAGAGGGUGACACUGGAGCUUGGUGGGAAAAACCCCUGCAUCGUGUGUGCUGAUGCCGACCUGGACUUGGCAGUGGAGUGCGCCCAUCAGGGAGUGUUCUUCAACCAAGGCCAGUGCUGCACGGCCGCCUCCAGGGUGUUCGUGGAGGAGCAGGUCUAUGACGAGUUUGUCAGGCGGAGCGUGGAGUUCGCCAAGAAACGGUCCAUUGGAGACCCCUUCGACGUCAGGACCGAACAGGGGCCCCAGAUUGACCAGAAGCAGUUCAACAAAAUCCUCGAUCUGAUUGAGAGCGGAAAGAAGGAGGGAGCCAAGCUGGAAUAUGGGGGCUCGGCCAUGGAAGACAGGGGGCUCUUCAUCAAACCCACUGUCUUCUCAGAAGUUACUGACACCAUGCGGAUCGCCAAAGAGGAGAUUUUUGGACCGGUGCAGCCAAUACUGAAGUUCAAAAAUAUCGAAGAAGUGAUAAAAAGAGCAAAUAGCCUUGAAUACGGACUAACAGCAGCUGUGUUCACAAAAAACCUCGACAAAGCACUGAAGCUGGCUUCCGCGUUAGAGUCUGGAACUGUCUGGAUCAACUGCUACAAUGCCAUCUACGCACAGGCUCCAUUUGGUGGCUUUAAAAUGUCGGGGAACGGCAGAGAACUAGGUGAAUAUGCGCUGGCUGAAUACACAGAAGUGAAAACUGUCACCAUCAAACUCGACGACAAGGACCCCUGAAGGAAAGGCAGGCUCCUUCCUCAAACAUCUGACAGCUGAAUGUGGCAGAUCUAACUUGCUGAAGAGAAACCUACAUUCUGACCUUCCUGGGAUACUUUCUUCUGGAGACUUUAAAUCUACUGGAUUUGAACGAUUUUUAUUUUCCUCUCACACUCCUGUUUUAUUGACCAAAAUGUUGUGUGUGAAAUUGUAGUCCUGCCUGGGGAUGGGACUAGUGGCCAUUUCUGUUUUCCACUUUCCACCAGAUCCCGGGGACAGUGAGGAGGCUCAGGGUGUUGUCAACAGGAAGUGGUAUUUGAAGUAUCGAGCAGUAGCUUAAAAAUGCUUUGUUGACUCUGACUCCAGUAAGAAUUUGGAAAAAAAAAAUCCCUGCGUGUUCUGCAAACAGGACUCUGUACCUGCGGGUUCCUCAGGGUUACCUGCCCACAGAACAAGCCCCUCCUACCAUUCAGUGGGAAGGAAUAGCACUAAGUUU